UUUGCUCUGUCUUCCCAUGGCCAGCCCAGGACAAGUCCCAGCCCGCAAGCCUUCCCCCAAAGCCAGUUCCCAAUGAGUACCACGAGCAAACCCUGCACCUUUGAGGACAAAGUCCUCUGUCCCAUUUGCCUGGAGGUGUUCCAAAACCCGGUGACCACUGUCUGCGGCCACAGCUUCUGCAUGAGCUGUCUGCAAAACUGCUGGGACUACCAGGCCACGGCAGGGCCCGACCACUACUGCCCCCAGUGCCGGGAGAGCUUCCCGUCCAGGCCCCGCCUCUGCAAGAACGUCAUCCUGGGGGAGAUGGUGGCCUGCUUCACCCAGGCCAAGGAGUCCCUGGGGAAUCCCGCGGCUGCGGUGGGGCCCAGGGAGGUGCCCUGCGACCUCUGUCCGUCCCAGAAGCUCAAGUCAGUCAAGUCGUGUCUGCAGUGCAUGGCCUCCAUGUGCGAGAGGCACCUGCACGGCCACGCAGAGGACCACCAGUUGGUGGAGCCCCUGUGGGACCUCAAGGCCCGCCUGUGCCAGAAGCACCACAAACUGCGGCGGCUCUACUGCCGCACGGAGGGCUGCUGCGUGUGCAGGGCCUGCCGCCUGGAGGCGCACAAGGACCACAGCACCGUGCCGCUGGAGAAGGAGCGCGCCCGCCUGGAGGUUCAAGUCCGGAAGGUCCAAGCCAAUGUGGAAAACCAGAUGCUGAUCAUCACGGCCAACAGGCAGAAGCACCGGGGGCAGCUGGCCUUUCUGUCGAAGAGAAUCCAGAAAAUACGAGAUGAGGUGAAUGCCUGCUUCUCGGGGAUCAUCCACGAGGCCCAACAGCUGCAGGCCAAACUUCUGGAUUUCAUCAAGAAAGAGGAGGCAGUCACUCUGGACAAGCUGACAAGCUCCCUCCAGCAGAGCGACAGCCGGCUGCUGAAACUGGAGGGCGACAGUAUCUGGCUACACACCCUGCUUACCAACUGCAGUGACGAGCAGUUCCUGCAGGAGAUCGAAAGGCUGCAGCAGUUCCCGUCCUGCAGGGAGCCCCUGAUGGGCACCAACUGUGAGGACACACAGAGCUUCUUCCAGCUGCCAGAGUCCAUGGCCGAGCUGCAGACGUGGCUCACGGAUGUGGCUCACGGCUUCAUGGCGCAGCUCCCCCAGAAGGGCAUCAAGAUGAACUCCUAUGAGGUGCUGCCCCCAGCCGUGGACAGAAAGACGCUUCUCCAGUAUUACUGCAACCUGAACUUCGACCCCGCCACGGCCACCAAGGAGCUGUACUUCUUCAAGGAGACCCACUCGGUGCUGAACCUGAGCGUGCUGCUGGAGCCGUCGGCCACUGCUGACCUGGGCUUCCAGCCGUGGCCGCAGGUGCUAUGCUCGCGCAGCCUGUCCAAAGGCUGCCACUACUGGGAGGCCAAGGUGUCCAACUCGUGGGUGUGCCUGGGCGUCACCUACCGCCGCAGCCCCCAGCCCGGCGGCCUCCCGCCCCACCACACAGUCUACCUGCUGGGCCGCAACGCCUACUCAUGGUGCCUGCAGUGGGACUCGCUCCAGUUUUCUGUGUGGCACAACAACACCGAGAUCGUGCUGCAGGGCGCCUACCAGCACACGCUCGGCGUGGUGCUUGACUGCACCGCCGGCUGCCUCUCCUUCUACAGCGUGGCCGAUGACGUGAGCCUCAUCUACCGCUUCCUCGCCACCUUCCUCGAGCCGCUCUACCCAGCGGUCAUGGUCAGCAGGGGCGCCUCUGUCACUCUGCAGCAGUACUCAGAGCUACCGCCAACCGAGCCAACCCAGGCCAGCUGCCAAUAAAGCAUUAUUCUA